UGAAGACAGUGACUCAUCGCAUCACCACCGGACAGUAGUUCAAACCACGCUUCAUCACCAAACAUAAUAAACCAACGAAAAUGUCUUCCUCCUAUAAUUUCCAUCUUCAAACAAUAACUGUCCCAUCACGCCGAUAAAUCUAUUCUCCCAGUCCACCCUUUACAACGUCGUUUCAUUAAUAUAUAUUAUAGAUAUAUUCCAUCUCUAUCAUCAAUCACUCACUAUAAAUACUACUAACAGAUUGUCAUUCCAUUUAUAUGUGAAUAUAUAUAUUUCAUUUAGUCAAACCAUCACACAACACAAUAUGGAUAAUAAUAUUGAUAAGAUUAUGUUAUGUUUCUUCUUCAUAUUUGGAUUUUUAUCUAAAAGUGUCUUAUCAGAAAUCCAUGCUAACACACCACCAAGAGGUUGGAAUUCUUAUGAUUCCUUUUGUUGGACCAUAUCCGAGGAGGAAUUCCUUCAUAAUGCUCAUCUUAUUUCAGAGAAAUUGCAUGCUCAUGGCUAUGAGUAUGCAGUGGUGGAUUACCUUUGGUAUAGAAAAUUGGUCCCGGGUGCUUAUGUCGAUUCACUUGGGUUUGAUGUAAUUGAUGAAUGGGGGAGGGUGAUUCCUGAUCCUGGUAGAUGGCCUUCAUCAAAAGGAGGAAAAGGGUUCAGUGAAGUAGCUAAGAAAGUUCAUGACAUGGGUUUGAAGUUUGGGUUUCAUGUUAUGAGGGGCAUAAGCACGCAAGCGGUCAAUGCAAACACCCCCAUUUUAGAUGUUACAACGGGCAAAGCAUAUGUGGAAUCCGGGAAAGUUUGGCAUGCUAAAGAUAUAGGUAUUAAAGAGAGGGCCUGUGGGUGGAUGAAAAAUGGUUUCAUGAGUGUGGACACUUCAUUAGGAGCUGGAAGAGCAUUUUUGAGGUCUCUUUAUCAUCAAUAUGCCGACUGGGGCGUAGAUUUUUUAAAACAUGACUGUGUGUUCGGAGAUGAUUUUGAGCCCGAGGAGAUAAAAGUUGUUUCAGGAGUAUUAAAGGGGCUUAAUCGUCCAAUUGUUUAUUCGCUCUCACCUGGGACUAGUGCCACACCAGCCAUGGCAAAGCAAAUUGCACCAUUUGUUAACAUGUAUAGAGUAACUGGUGAUGACUGGGAUAAUUGGGGGGAUGUUGCAGCCCAUUUUGAUGUUUCAAGAAACUUUGCAACUUCUGGUAUGAUUGGAAACAACGGUUUGCUGGGUAACUCGUGGCCUGAUCUGGAUAUGCUUCCACUCGGAUGGCUCACUGACCCAGGAGUCAACGUUGGUCCACACAGGAACUCUAGUCUUACCCUAGAUGAACAAAAGACCCAGAUGACCUUAUGGUCAAUGGCCCGAUCUCCUUUGAUGUUCGGAGGAGAUAUGAGGAAUCUUGAUGAUAUGACAUACAAACUCAUCACCAAUCCGACUAUACUGGAAAUCAACGCUUUCAGCUCCAAUAAUAAGGAGUUUCCUUACAUUACUGGCACAACUCACCAAUCCUUGGAGCAAGAUCUUAAGUUUCAAACAAGAAAUCUGAAAGAAGUGGGCGAAUCAGAAAAACUAGUUUUGGGGAUCUCAAGCUGUCACGAUCCUGAGGCCAAAGGUUGGUUCUUGCAAACAGAUGAUACAAAUGCUGAACAAGUUUGUUGGAGAUGGGGUGCAAAAAGCAAAAAGCUUGAACCUUUUUGUCUUUACAAAUCCGAACCUACUUUGCAAUCAGAUGAAGAUGUUAAUCAUAAUGAAAAAUAUCAAGGAAAACUUCACCUACAUGCGAGAAAUAGAGAAGGGUUUUGUUUCGAUACAUCAUCCAAACGGAGGCUUACUUCAAAGGAGCAUAAGAGAGCAUCAUUUUUGCCUUGUAGACCUGAUGCCAAUCAGAUGUGGGAAUUAAGCUAUAAUGGAACGCUCGUGAAUAGUUAUUCUGGUUCAUGUGCUUCUAUUAAAGCAAUGAAAGCCACCAGUCCCGGAGGAGUUCGUUCAUGGAUCGCAACCGGAAAGAAAGGAGAGGUGUAUCUUGCUUAUUUCAAUAUGAAUCCUGCAAGAACGGUUAUUUCCACGACUGUUUCAAACCUUUCAAAGGCGUUUCCAAACAUCAACUUUGGCUCGUGCUCAUGCAAAGAGGUUUGGAGUGGGAAAGAUUACGGAUCACUACGACAUUCUCUCUCUGCGUCUGUAGAUUCACAUGGUUGCGCACUUUUUAUAUUAACUUGCUAAUUUUGCGGUAAAGCAUGUUCACAGGUCUCUUUGGGUUCUGUUUGCAUCACCGGUUCUGUAACUGGGAAGCAAGAGCCCAAUCAUUUAGAGUGCUUCUUGAAGCCUAGUUUUUAUUCCCCAAAGGGGUUUGCCUGUUUUAUGAACAUUAGUUUCUAAAAGUCAUCUGGUCAUAUAUUAUGAUCACUAGUGUUAUCUAUGAAAUUAUAAAUUAGAUGAAGUGCUUUAUGAUUACUUCUAAUUACUUUGUUAAAAUAAGGUAGUUAUAAAUUAUGACCGAUUCAAGCUUAA